GUAGAUAUAUGUAAUAAUCUAUAAAGAACAUUUGCAAGCAAUUACUUUCCCGCCUCGACAGGUAAAACUAAUUCCACAAGAUGUCGCCAACGUUCAGAUAAGAGGAAAAGGCUGUCCGGUGUCUGGUUUGUGUAAUAUAAUUGUGUCUAUAUAGUUUCCCUCUUCUGUUCUUUCAGUAUUACACUAAAAACCUUUUUAUAUUCAUGUCCACCAGCACGCAUUAACUUAUUCAACAAAACCCCAAAAAGAGCAACAUAGCCUGUUGAACGUUAGUGUCUGUGUGGAAAGCGAACUGAAGUGUGGUCACUCCAUUGAGUCUCGACGAGGGCGGCGCUCUCCUCAACACUUCACUGAGGGGACAACACGAAACCUGGACACUGGGGCACGGACGGACGGUGCUACUGAUGAUGGAGCUACAUUUACCUUCUCUGUCUUCAGAAAGUCCGUUCUUUUAACCCUUCAGUGUCCUCUUCUGGAGAGGAAGAGCUGUCAUGGGAGACGCGCGGCACUUCACGCGCUUCUGGAUUGAUGGGAAGCCGCGAAACUUCGCAGCGCGAGAAGAACAUCACGAAUACGCGUGUCCAGCGCGGGAAAAACAUCACGAACGCGCGGUAGAACGAUGGAACGCGGACGCGAUACAUUGUAACAAAGACUCCCAUUAGGGACCAUCACAGACCAGUCUAUGCCAUGAGGAGUCAGAAGUCCCGUGGCCAGACGUCAGCCACACCUUCCCGCCAACGCUUGCCACGUUUCAGUCUUCACUCCAGGAGAAAGAAAGAAGGUGUGAUCCAGGGAAAGCUGCGUAUCCGUUCCAUGCCGGGUGCCUUUCUGGUGCUUGGGGUGGUGGUUGUUGUUGUUGGCACUGCGCUUGCCGUGGCAGGCUACUGGCCGUACAGGACCCAUCGAUCAUCAGUGGACACGGCAGAGGAAGGAUCCUCUGGAAGUGCAUCAGGAUGGGGAUUAGGGUCCAAAGGACUGUUUUCAGCAGCAAGUCUGGUUCACAGUGAAAGGAUGAAACUACUUGGACCUGUCAUUAUGGGAGUGGGACUCUUCAUACUUAUUUGUGCCAAUACGGUACUCUAUGAGAAUCGGGAUAGAGAAACUCAAAUGCUUCUAGCUCAGAUGCGGAGUGUCAUUUGCUCUGUUUCUGCAGCCGUGCCUUCGGCAGACCUCUUGCACGUGAACGCUCUUGCCAGCCACUACCAAUGGGUCAGCAGUUUACCUGCAGCCCACCUGAAUAUCCUCUGCCUCCAAGAAAUGUCCAGUUCAGAGCCUCUACUACAAGUAAAGAGCAUGGAUGAGGAGGACAGCAUUCAGCAGCAAGAUAAAGUGCACACUGAGGUUCUUCAUCAUCAGGACUCUUCCUCCACAUCCUCGAUUCACUCCUCCAACUCUUGCAAUGACAGCAAAGAGUUUUUUUGCACAGAGGAACGGGGGACAAACUCUGCACUGGAUCUGCGGGAAGAAAGUCACUUUGGGCUAAGCAACUGUAUGACUGCAUCCUCUAUGUCCACUCUGGGUGGGGAGGAAUUGGAGAUCUUCUCCAUCCCACCCAGACGCUCCUACAGCAUGAGCCAUAGGACUAAACCACAUAUACUGCGCAGGGAUCUGGUGUAUUCUGAGGACAAGCCUGUGUCUUCUAUGGGUCACUAUAGACUCCUUCCAAGGCAGUCCAGCUCAGAGGUGUGUGUGAACAUGGUUGGAGCUGGCGUUGCAAGCCUGGACCUUAUACCUGUGGAAGAGCAGAAACACAGCAGCUGGCCUCGGCUAGAUCUCGGAAGCGCCAAGAAGUAUCUCAAGCUGCAGAACAAAGAGGACUCUGUGGACAAGUUACUGGACCAGCAUGAGCAGCAAUGCUUGCAGUUGAACAAAAGCUAUGGCUCAGGUCUCUUCCAGUGAGCCCAAGUUUAAUCUUUACAUCAAGGUCAAUGGCUUGCCUGAGCCAAUGGUAAUAAGAAGGAGCCUUAUAUAAUGAUAUACACUUGGAAUAACCCAACUUACAAAUGGGCGCAAGUUUCCAGUGGAUAUUGUUUGCACAGUUUCUGGAAUCCCUUGAGGUCAAUUCAUUACCAUGACUUAGUCAUUUAUCUCACUUGACUAGUUUUGUAACUUGCUUGUUUUUGGGAUUUAAUUAGAUUUUUUAACUAGUUUGUUCGGAGACUUGACGGAAUGAAAAUAUAAACACAUGUCCUGAAGGAAGCUAGGAAUGGAGGUAUAUAACAGUCAUGGGAAUGUGCUAAACAGCUUGUGAUGUCAUAGAUGAUUGGAUGGAUUCCAAUUGGAGGGAUCCGUUUGUUAUUGUUGCUAAAGCCCUACUUGUUAUUGGGACACUUGUUUCUUAAGCUACGAGGUAGAAUAAACGAAGACCUCGGCAGUGACUAGAUUCAAAGUAAACACAUUUCUGACUUCCGAAUUCAGGUCAUCCAAAAACAUGGCUCUGGUUUUGAUAGUUUUAAAGGCCAAAAGAUAAAGAAUGCUGGUUAUUUGACCCAUAAGUGGAUUCAAACUGUGUGUCUGCUAUUGGAGUGUCCAUUAGAGUUCAUUUGUAUGCAAGGUAAUGAGGUAAUGCAACCUCAGUUGCAGUGUCUGUUAAUAUUUUGUGUAUGGUUUCCCUGAGUAUCUGUUCUCCUUGUGUUUCACCUUUCUUCCAUCUCUGCCAGCUGUCAGUGAAACAGAAGCAUGGUCAAUGAGGGCGCAGUGCCCUCUUGGCAUCAUUAACUAAGGUGAUCAGUGUACAUAACUGCUUUCCCUUUAAAGGGUGGAGUUGGAGUGAUCCCCUCUUUGCAAUGAGAAUGUGUAACUUCACUCUGUUUACAAAAAUAAGGCAGUCACUCGUCUCUAUUAUGUCCAUGUAGCCUGUUUUUGUGCGCUGUGUUAUUUGCUGUGGGUUCUUAAUGUAUACUGAGCGAUAUCUACACUCUGACUGACCAAUAUUUGCAUACUGCGUUGUGAUUGGUCUUCUGUCUUACAUCUAUUUGCAUACUAACUGAUUGUUCUUUUUAUUUUCUUGUAUCUUUUAACCAUCCAUAGUCCCUAGAGGAGUUGAGUUGUGUGUUGUGCACAGACAACAGAAAUCAAGGCACAUAUCAUUUCAUUUGCUUGAUGCAGCAUUUCAUUUACUGUGGCCAAAGCCUAAAAACUACAUUUAUCAGAAACAACUUUACUAUUUGAACUAAACGUUAACUGAUCAAAUUCAAUUAAGUUCUAUAAUAAUUUAUAAUUAAAGAAAAGAAAGCAUUGGUUUCCUCAGAAAAGCAAAACAUCAGACUACACCUGGUUUUGAACUUGAAUCCCUGUUGUUUAAAGGUGCAGAGAGACGUAAUGGAGCAGAACUCAGCCAUGUGCUUUGUUAGAUGUGGAUGUGUAAGGCCAUAGAGCCUUAAAAGCAAGGUCUGAUUCAGCGAUGAUGGAUGAAAGCAGUGUGAAAGAGGUUUGCUUAAGUUUAAUAUAUUUCCAAGGUGCUUUUAUUGAUAUUAGGCUACUCAGACAUUCAAUUUUUCUUUUACCCAAGUGUAAGAAAUUAAUUCAGCUCAAACUAAUUAUUGUACAAACUCCAUUCAAACUUUUUUUUUUUUUCGACAUUCUAUAGCCUAUCGUUCAACAAAUUUCAGAUUAAAGUCUAAAAAUCUCCCUUUUUUUAUUAAAAAUGUAGAACUGGAUUUGCAUAAUGAAUUAUGAUUGAUCUUUCUGUUCUUACAUUUAUUUACAGUUCUCCCUAAAUGUUACUAUCAA